AUGCCCAUGUCCUCACCACCGGGACGUGCCAGUUGGAGCCACGGUCGACGACAACAGGAUCGCUUUCUCAUCUGUAGACUACACCGUAACGUUUUGCAAAAUGUCUUCACAAAACCUUUUGAAGUCUACGAAGUCGCAAUUACGAACGGAAGUCGGCUACGCCAUGAGCUAGCAAGUUUCGGAGACCAGCCACCUUUGCCUGCCUCGCUCGCAUUGCGCGGUUACCAGACCAUAUCAGGGAGUUUACGUUCCAACGCCCAGAAUGCCGUCAGAAGCAUGAUAGCAUCUUGCGGAAUUUCAUUUACGAACGCGACAUACGUCGAAGUUUGCUCUGCCGGUGUAGAAAAGGAAUUUGACGCCGCAUACACGAACUGGUUUGACCCAUCCCAUGGAGUCAUUAUGCUUUGGUCGUCAGAAUUGCUGUGGCAAUCUUGGAAGAAUAUGGCACUCGAAGCUGGACGAAUGGCUUCACAUCUGGUAGCUGUUGUCCGUCUCACCAUCGUCAAUGAAGCCUCUCAAAUUACCAUAAGGCAAGCUUCGAAGCACUCUUCCUCAUCAAGAAGCAAAGGAGAUAACCAGGUCGAUUACACUAGCCUGGACAAUGGCUAUUAUGCCAUUUUAGGAACUCCAAACGGGGCGAACACAAUGCGGAUGUUUCAUGACCAUCGGACAGAGCUGGGUCACCGCAUCGUCGAGAAGAUCGUGGUAUUCGGCAAAAAGGGCCCUGAGAUGGACAAACCAGAAGUCCGAAGUAUGGUGAUCAUUCUUUCCGAUAGUCGAAGCCCUCCGUCUCGAGGAAGUCGCUGGGUCGACGUAUCCACCAUAGUGUAUCAAGAGAUUCCUGGAGGGGACCUUGUACUUUGGCGCAAGUUCCAGGGCUUUGGUACCUUUCAUUACCAGAAAAGGAAGCUAAACGAGGUUCAACAAACUGAUUCAUUCUCGACUGGUUUGAGAAACCGGAUGGAGGAAGUUGUGAAAUUCGUUGUUCUAGUUACAAAUAUUGGUGUCUAG